CUCUCUUCUCAAAUUCUCUCAUCCGUUAGAGGCUUUCAAGCUUCGAGUUUUCAACAUCCCUUCACUUCUCCCUACUGUAAUUUUCCCAUUUCUCCCUUCUUUGGAAGGAAUAAGAAAAAUGGGUACUUGUUUUAGCAAGAAGAGCGCUUCUUCUUCUAGUUCUGUUUCUGCUCCUGCAGUUUCGCAGUCUACAAUUCCUUCGAAACCCAAGCAAGAAACCAAAUCCCUAAAUUCAAAUCCUCCUCCCCUGGUGAAGAAAUCUGAAGAGGGGACUGUGAAGAAGGAGAUUUUCGUCAUUAAACACCGGAAGAGCCACGAGGUGGACCGGGAAGAAAAGGGUGAUUCCAAGAAGACUGCUGAGGUUUCUGAGCCGGUAAGGAGCGGUGGAAUUAGCAGUGGGUCGGGUAAGGAGGACGGGAUAGUGGUAUCAGCUCCGGUGAGGACUUCGAGCUGUACUAAAGAAGAGGUGGACGCUAUAUUGAUCCAAUGUGGGAGGCUUAGCCGCAGCUCUUCUACUGGAAAGGCUGCCUUUUCAGGCUCCAUUGGAUCUUCUACCAAGAAAUACUCUGGUUCUAAGAGGAGUUACGAUUUCGACAAUGAAAAUGGAGGGGAAAACCCGGAGGAGGAGAAUGUUGAAGGGGAAACAGAGAGGCUCCACAGGCACAGACAACGACAGCGUCAGCCGAGGGGGAGCGCUAGCCCUUCUUCGUCGUCCCGAAGAAGGACUCCCAGUAGGGAAAGAGAGCAGGCAACACAACAGCAGCAGCAGAGAUCUGGGAGCAGAGAAAGAGGUAGCAGUAAUGGAGGUGGGAGAAGGGUGAGCAGAUCUCCUGGGAGAAGAUCUGAAUCACCCAUAACAGUUGCUUCUGGGAAUGGCAAUGGGAGGCCUGGAAAGAUGGUUUCUGUGCCUGCCACUGUUUCAUCUCUGGCAAUGGAUAAGAGCAUUGAUGCUGGUGAGCCCAUUUCAGCUUCAGCUGUCAAGAGGAUUCAGGUGAAGAGAAAUGUGGGUAUGGGUGGUGCUGACGGUUCAAGAACCGCUGCAUCUCCCCGUGCCCGCUCCCCUGCCAGAACUUCUGCAAGGGUUUCGAAUGAGAACCAGCCCGUAUCCCUUAGCCGAAGCAAUUCUAGGAAAGCCGAACACUCUCCUUACAGAAGAAACCCUCUGAGUGAGAUUGACACCAAUGUUGUCAUUGAACCAGGAACUAAGCCUGCCAAAAACACCACUCUCUCUCAGGUGCAGAAGAUGAAUGGUGAUAAUAUAAGCAAUGGGAAAGUGCAAGGAACUGGUAACAAGGUUAGCUGCAAGGAGCAGCAGGUGAUAAUGGAGGAGGCUAAAGCAGUCCAAGCACUUGGUGGGAAUGUUGCAGUGAAUGUUGUUGUUCCAGGGUCUGAAAGCCUUAAACCUCAGGGAGUAACAAGAAGCAGGUCGUCUAGGUUGUCGCGUGACUUAGACAUUAACCCCGAAGCUCUAUUGAACUCGAAUUCCAACCAAAACUACACAGCAUUAUUGCUAGAAGACAUCCAAAACUUUCACCAAAAGAACACCCCUAACGCGCCAGCUUUUAGCCUCCCGGCUUGUGUCACCAAGGCCUGCUCGAUUCUUGAGGCCGUGGCUGACCUCAACUCCACCACUAGCUCCAAUCUCACCAAUGCUUUCUCCGAGGACAGAAGAAGAAACUUCACAUCGGAGCAGUUUGUCAAGAAUGAUAAUGGAGUAAACCCUCCUGGAAAGAAGAGGUCGGGGGCGAAAGAUCCAUUCAUGGAGUCUGAGGUAGCUGUAGGUGAUGAUUUAAUGGAGCCUAGCAUUCACAAGUAUGUCACCAUGAGACGGGGAAAUGUCGAAGGGGGUGACACCGAAGAUCAAGAAUCCUCGGGAAGCAACAGUUUUGUGAGCGGUCAGCCUCAUUGGCUUUCGCCUGCCUCCUGGGAACCAAAUUCUGGUGACUCAACUUCAAGGUCUUAUUACAGCAGGGAUGAUAACCGGAGCCCACUAGGCUUUCAGAGGAAUGCUGUUUCCGAGCCAAGCCAUGAAAUGGAUGAAGGUAAGAGGAGGUUGGCUGCAAAAAAGCGGGAUCUUGAGAACCAGCAAACUGGAAUAGGGCAUGGCAAAGUUGGAUCCAGAGGCCUCCAUGUAUCACCUAUGGCCACAAGUUGAGCAUAGCAACUAUAAUCUAUUAGAGUUUUAGCUGUGCUUUGGUUUGAGAAUAUAUUUGUGUUUGUGCUUUGCAAACUUGCAACUCAGGUUGCUCUUUCAAGGGAUUGGUUAGGUAGAAUCAGUUAUUGUUCUUUGUAUAACUGGAAGUCAAUGAACAUGUCAGUUUCAGCCAUAUUUUCUUUUUUAA